AUGGCAGACCCAAAUUCCCAAACUACCCCACAAGCCCUCAUCGACGGCAACACCCUCGCCGCCAAAUCUCUCGCCGCCUACGGCAUAACCCACAUGUUUGGCGUCGUAGGUAUUCCAGUUACCUCCUUUGCCAACCGUGCCGUGGCCUCCGGCGUUCGUUUCAUCGCCUUUCACAACGAGCAAUCCGCUGGCUACGCUGCCUCCGCCUAUGGGUACCUCACCGGCCGGCCUGGUAUUCUCCUAACAGUCUCUGGGCCGGGUUGCGUUCAUGGGCUUGCUGGUUUGUCUAAUGCCAUGAUUAAUACAUGGCCUAUGGUGAUGAUUUCGGGUUCUUGCGAUCAAAACGAUGUCGGUAGAGGCGAUUUUCAAGAACUUAAUCAAAUUGAAGCAGCGAAACCAUUUUCGAAAUAUUCAGUUAAAGCUAAAGAUAUUAAAGAAAUACCAAAAUGUUUUUUUGAAGCGCUUGAUUCUGCUGUUUCGGGCCGGCCUGGUGGGUGUUAUUUAGAUCUUCCAACUGAUGUUUUACAUCAGACAGUAUCGGAAUCUGAGGCAAAUAGUUUGAUAAAAUCUGCUGCCGAUGCUUUAGAAAUUGAAAAGGGUUUGAAAAAGACUAGUACUGCAAGUGUGGAAGUUGAAAGGGCAGUAGAUUUACUUAGAAAUGCUGAAAGGCCAUUGGUUGUGUUUGGAAAAGGCGCGGCUUAUGCCCGUGCGGAGAAUGAGUUGAAGAAAUUAUUGGAAAGUACCGGGAUUCCAUUUUUGCCGACACCGAUGGGAAAAGGGUUGUUGCCUGAUACACAUGAGCUUGCUGCAAGUGCAGCGAGGUCACUUGCUAUUGGGAAAUGUGAUGUUGCGCUUGUGGUUGGCGCAAGGCUUAAUUGGUUGUUGCACUUCGGGGAACCGCCGAAGUGGUCUAAGGAUGUGAGGUUUAUUUUGGUUGAUGUUAGUGACGAGGAGAUUGAGUUAAGGAAGCCACAUUUGGGGUUAGUCGGAGAUGCGAAAAAAGUGUUGGAAUUAGUUAAUAAGGAGAUUAAGGAGGAGCCUUUUUGUUUGGGGAAGAAUCAUCCGUGGGUAGAGGCAAUUUCAGAGAAGGCUAAGGAGAAUGUGUCAAGAAUGGAGGCGCAGUUGGCUAAGGAUGUUGUGCCGUUUAAUUUUAUGACGCCAAUGAGGAUUAUUAGAGAUGCGAUUUUAGCAGUGGGGAGUCCUGCUCCGGUAUUGGUUUCAGAGGGGGCGAAUACAAUGGAUGUUGGCAGAGCUGUUUUGGUUCAGACUGAGCCAAGGACUAGGUUGGAUGCUGGAACUUGGGGUACUAUGGGUGUUGGUUUGGGCUAUUGCAUCGCUGCUGCAGUUGCUGAGCCUCAUCGGCUUGUGGUUGCAGUUGAGGGUGACUCUGGAUUUGGGUUCAGUGCCAUGGAAGUUGAGACAUUGGUUCGUUACCAGCUGCCUGUGGUGGUGAUAGUUUUUAACAAUGGUGGUGUUUAUGGUGGUGAUCGGAGGAACCCUGAAGAAAUUACAGGGCCUUUCAAAGAUGAUCCAGCACCCACUUCUUUUGUUCCUGGCGCUGCUUAUCAUGUCUUAAUUGAAGCUUUUGGGGGAAAGGGUUAUCUUGUUGGGACACCUGAUGAACUCAAGUCUGCCCUUAAUGAAUCCUUCACUGCUAAAAAGCCAGCUGUAAUAAAUGUCACCAUUGACCCUUAUGCUGGUGCAGAAAGUGGUAGGAUGCAGCACAAAAACUGA